CAUCCUUCACCGCCUGCAGCUGUCCUCUGAUGCAGCAAGGCCCUCCAUCGUCCGGGCCUGCAUUAGCAUUUUGAUCGGACGCUUCAAUUUGCUUUAUUAGUUGCAGCGGUCUGUGCAAGAGUUAUUCUCGGAGGACACGGAGGUGCAGCGGGCUGAGCAGCAGCCUUUCGGAUGGGUAACGUACCCACUACAGUGAAGCACUGCCUGAGCUAUGAGCAACUCGUCCAGGACUAUCCAUGGCUGAAACGCUGGCUGCUAGAGGAGAAGCCCAUUACAGGACAUGAGUAUCCAGAGUUUGUUAAAAUAGUUGAAGUUGGGCCGAGAGAUGGACUUCAAAAUGAAAAGGAAAUUGUUCCGACAGGGGUGAAAAUCCAGCUGAUAGACAUGCUCUCAGGAACAGGCCUGCCUGUGAUCGAGGCCACCAGCUUUGUCUCUUCAAAGUGGGUACCGCAGAUGGCAGACCACACUGAUGUCCUCAGAGGAAUCCAGAGAGCACCUCAUGUUCGUUACCCUGUUUUGACACCCAACAUGCAAGGCUUCCAGGAUGCUGUUGCAGCUGGUGCUACUGAGGUGGCGGUGUUUGGGUCAGCGUCUGAAACCUUCAGUAAAAAGAAUAUUAACUGCUCUAUUGAUGAAAGCAUGCAGAGGUUUGAAGAAGUCAUUAACGCUGCCAAAGAGCAACAAAUUCCAGUCCGCGGAUAUGUUUCCUGUGCCCUUGGAUGCCCCCACGAGGGACACAUUGAGCCUUCCAAAGUUGCUGAGGUGGCAAAGAGGUUAUAUGAAAUGGGCUGUUAUGAGAUUUCCUUGGGGGAUACCAUCGGUGUUGGUACUCCAGGUUCCAUGUUUAAGAUGCUGCUGAGUGUAAUGAAGGAGGUACCCACCAACGCUGUAGCAGUUCACUGCCAUGACACUUACGGGCAAGCACUGCCCAACAUCCUUACUGCACUUAAGAUGGGGGUCUGUGUGGUGGAUUCUGCAGUAGCUGGCCUGGGAGGUUGCCCGUACGCUCAGGGUUCAUCUGGCAAUGUUUCAACAGAGGAUGUUCUCUACAUGCUCCAUGGCAUGGGCAUUGAAACUGGGGUGAACCUUACCAAAGUUAUAGAGGCUGGUGACUUUAUCUGCAAUGCUUUAUGUCGCAAGACAAACUCCAAGGUUGGCCAGGCAAGAGGGCGUAGUGAUGUGUUUCUGUAAAGGUACAUAUUUAAGUAUUUGACUUUGUUCCCUCUAAAGUGCUUCCCUUGUUUUUGCUGUCUUCAUAUUUGUCGCCUAUGCUUCUGUAUUUGAAGUACGUUGUUCCUUAUUCUAAACUGUCAAAGGGUAUCUCUACCAAUUUAUCUCAAGAAUAAUCAACAUUGUGUUUUGGUGUCCAAAAAGUUCAGCUCCUUUCAAUUCAUUUCCACAAAUUGGAAUCUGUUGGGACCAGAAUGGUUAUUAUGAUUGAGUGAAUCAUCCAGUUUGGCUUAUUUUUUGCUCUGAAUGGUAAUACAUUACAAAAGCACUGGCACAUUGGCUUGAAAAUAACUAGAGGCAGACAGAAGAGUAUUCAUUUGUGAUAAAUGUCCAGAUUGAUGACAUGAUAAGUGGUGAAUACAUAUUGGCCUUUUUGAAGGCUGAAUAUCCACUUGUAUUUUACCUUCUCAUAUUCAUUUGGCUUUGCCAAAUAAACCCAGUAAAGGUCAGUCACUUUUAUUAUUUUGCAUAGCUCAGUGGCUUAGUAGUUUGCUUUGGCAACUUGCUGAAUUUAACUUAUCACUUCAGAAAUAUCUGCGGUGAUCAUCAUUUGAAUAAAUAGAGAAGACAAACUGCAAAAAAAGAAAAAGCUCUUUCCUGCUUUUAAAACAUGAAAAAUUGCUUCAUGCACUUUACUUCUCCAAAGACCUUUUCAGCUUUUCAUACACAUUCAGAUCCUGUGAGUAGCAAUUGAAAAGACGCUUCUGAAACUACCACAAAAAUAACCAUUUAAAAGCAAUCUCAAUUUCAGGUUUGCCAAAGAUCAUUUAAGAAGUUGUAUUUCUUUUUUUUGCCAUUUACAAUGAAAUAAGUUACUCUCUGGGAGGAACGUCUGUGUGAGUGUAUAAGUCUAAUGUUGAUGUAUUUUCUCAUGUCUCUCCUGUCUGUUUACAUCCCAUUGUGCAAUCUGUAAAACGUAAUAAAAUAGAAAUGUUAAAUGUG